AUGACAAACACAUUACAGGAGCUGCCCAUGGGUGUUUUGAGUCCAGACGGGACUCAGAGCUCACAGGAAGAAGCAAGCCAUCAACGCCAACAACAACAACAACAACAACAGGAAGAACAACAGCAAGAGGAACAGCUGCCGCAUGAUAGCUCAUUGAGCCAAACUGCGCUCAAGACGCAGAUACCGGGAUUUGAACCGCGACAGACCUCUGGCAAAUACACCCUGAAUGAUUUCCACAUCCUUCGGACACUGGGAACCGGCUCGUUUGGCCGUGUGCAUCUGGUCCGGUCCAACCACAACGGCCGUUUUUACGCCAUGAAGGUGCUGAAAAAGAAAACUAUUGUCAAGUUGAAACAAGUUGAGCACACCAACGACGAGCGGCGCAUGCUCUCGGUGGUGGCGCACCCGUUCAUCAUCCGGAUGUGGGGUACGCUCCAGGACCCAGAGCAGGUGUUCAUGAUCAUGGACUACAUCGAAGGUGGCGAGCUUUUUUCGCUUCUGCGCAAGUCCCAACGGUUCCCCAAUCCAGUGGCCAAGUUCUACGCUGCAGAAGUAUGUCUGGCGCUGGAGUACAUGCAUUCCCUAGAUAUAAUAUACCGGGACUUGAAGCCCGAGAACGUGCUGCUCGACAAAAACGGGCAUGUGAAGAUCACGGAUUUCGGCUUCGCCAAGUACGUGCCCGAUGUCACCUUCACACUGUGCGGCACUCCAGACUAUAUUGCACCUGAAGUGGUGAGCACAAAACCUUACAACAAAUCCGUCGACUGGUGGAGUUUUGGCAUACUAAUUUUCGAAAUGCUGGCUGGUUACACGCCUUUCUACGAUUCUAACACCAUGAAAACUUAUGAAAACAUUCUUAACGCCGAGCUGCAGUUCCCGCCCUUUUUCCAAGCGGACGUACAAGACUUGUUAAGCAAAUUGAUUACCCGCGACCUGAGUAAACGCCUGGGAAACCUGCAAAAUGGCAGCGAGGACGUCAAAAACCAUCCGUGGUUUAGCGAGGUGGUAUGGGAGAAACUGCUGUGCAGGAACAUUGAAACCCCGUACGAGCCUCCUGUUCAGUCGGGUCAAGGUGACACUUCUCAAUACGAUAGAUACCCCGAGGAAGAGAUAACUUACGGGAGAGAAGGGGAGGAUCCCCACAGGGAUUUGUUUGCAGAAUUUUGA